AUGUUUCUGACCCCCUGUAGUCAUCGUUCUCGAGCCGCCAGGGUGCGACAGCAUGUCCACUGUGACUCCUGCUACAGUCGGCGCUGCAGGGCUCCUGUGGAGAUCUCUGUAUCUUGUGCAGUCAUCCCCUGCCGCCUGUUCUGUGGAGCUGUCUUCCACCUGUGCAAAGAGGAGGAUCACCUGCUGCUCUGCCCCAAUGUCAGGGUGCCCUGCCUUAACGCUGAGUAUGGCUGCCCUGUCCACCUGACCCGCUCCUCACAAGCAGCUCACCUCCAGGUGUGUCCAGCCAGCGUGGUUUGUUGCUCCAUGGAGUGGAACCGAUGGCCAGCUGAUGAUGCCCAUUCUUGUCCAAACACAGAGCUGCAUGAAAACCUGCUUAGGGAAAGAGAGCAGGGGGGAUGUCUGGACCUAGCCAUGGCCCUGAAAGACCAGGACCAUCUAUUUCACGCCAUCAAGAUGAAGAAAAUCUUUCCUGAGUUGAUCCAGACUCGGAAGGAGGAAGUGGAGGAGGAAAAGAGGAAGGAGAAGGAGAGGAGGAAUGAAAGGGAGAAGCAGAGAAAGGCUGCCUUGGAGAAGGAGGAAGCAGAGAGGGUUGCUGCAAGGGAAGCUAGUAUUGCUACCUGGGGACCAUUAGGCACUUAUAGUCCUUAUGGAAAAAAGGAUGAGGAUAAGGAUGAGGAUGAGAAUGGGAAUGGGAAUGACUUUGAGGUUGAAUAUGAGCGAGAGCUAACCCGGGAGGAGAGAGAAACUCUUGCCUGGCACACUCAGGUGGAUGAUGAGCUAUUAGAAAACUAUAACGCCUGGGAGAGGAUGUUCAGUAUGGAGAAGGGUGGCUGCAGGGAGGCCACAGGGCCAGCUGUGGAAGGCAGAGGCCAGGGACAGGCUGAAGGGAGGGGCCUGGACACUGUGACGGAAGAAGAUAUUGAGACAGCAGAUAGCUGUGCAGGUGCCAAAGCAUCAAACACCUGCAAACAUGUGAGCAGCGCAUCAGCCGCCACCAGUCUCGCCAGCAAUCUGAAGAGGAAGAAAAAAAAAUUUGUGUACGGCCAUGUGGAGCCGAUGAAGAUCAUCACUGUGCGUACUUUUAAAAUCCCAAACAGCUACACCUCCAGGCAGGUCCGCAUCCGCAACCCUGGUUUCUACAAGAGAAAGCACCAGGCUGUGGACACCAGCGACCUGGGGGUGGGGCUCGACAAGAUGCCAGUUUGGCAGGAAGUUCAGGCCUCUCUGCUGUGCUCCCUGGAGAAGGAGCAGAGGGGUCACCUGAUUGCAGAGAGCGUCUGCUCAGACGGUCUGUUAAUAGAUGAAGGCACUCAGACCUACAACUUCAAGUCUGCUCCUUUCCCAAAAAACACUUCGCUGGCUGACCUGACUGCUCAAAAACCCCUGGAGCUGCACCUCCAGCUGCAGGUGGAGAGCGUCACAAGCAGACACCACAAGGCCAGCUCCACCUUCGCCUUCCUCUGUGGACAAACCUUCCAGCGCAGUGAAUAUGGCAAACAUUAUAAGAACAUCCACAGUGACAUCCAGAUGUGUGUGAAUGGAUGGUUUGAGCAGAGAUGCCCGCUGGCUUAUCUGGGCUGCACCUACAGCCAGAGGAGAUUCAGACCCUCCACACAUGAAGCCACCGUCACCUACAACGAGGACCUGGGCUGCUUUAGGCUGCAUCCCAGCACCACGGUUUCUGUGGGUAAUGACUCGCAGCCAUUCAAGAGCUCAGUGGACCCCUCCACCACCGAGAGGAGGAGACGAAGUCGGGCUGGAGGGGAGGACACUCUGAGCUCGCUGCCCUACGAGGUGCUGUGCCACAUGGCCAGUUUCCUGGACAGUCUUUCCCUGUCCCAGCUGGCUCUGGUGUCCCAGCUCAUGAGGCAGGUGUGCUCCUCACUGCUGCAGGAGAGAGGGAUGGUCACCCUACGCUGGGAGAAGAAGACUUACUCACAUGGAGGAACCAAGUGGAAGGUGAAGGAGAGGGUCUGGCAGUUCAGCACUUUGUUUUCUCCUGUGGACACUUGGUGCUUCAAAGAUGUGCCUUCUAUGUCAGAGCACCUGAAGACAUGUCCCUACUACAAGAGAGAAUCCAGAACAGAGCGUAUUCACCUGCCGCAUUUUAAAGAGGAAGUCAAAACCAACCCAACCUGCAAAGGUCCCACUCUGGUUUCCUUGUUUCAGCAGAGGAGGAUCAUGAUGUAGUGUGCAAUACUGACCUGCCCUAAUCUGUUACUAUAAAACAGUUAUGCCUUCUAUGCGUGUUAGGCUU